AUGGCGUUCCGAGCCGCCAGCCGAGCGCUCCGGGGCGGAGCCCGCGCCACAGCGCGCUUCGCGGCGCAGAGGCCGGCGCUUGCGGCGGUGGGCGCCAGCGCCUUGGGCGCAGCCGUUUGGGCCAAGCCGAGCUCGUGCCAGACGCCUGCCCCGCUGGUGGACGUGUCAGGACUCACCAAGGUGGCGAAGACGGACGAUGUUGGGCUGCUGCCACAGCCCUUGAACCCCAAGUACAAGACAGCCUUGGUGCAGAUCUAUGUGACCAACCAGCCUUUCGGUGGCUCCGACAAGAGCGCCAGUGGUCAUCGCUAUGAUUCAAUCCCGAUUGCCAACGGAAUGAUUGCAUCACAAAUGAGCUGCCAAUUGUUGCAUUACGUGCCGGAGGAGCACGAUGCCUUCUUCAAGAUCCUAGAUCAGUUUGACGCUGUGAUUGUGCGCUGCAACCCUGGUCAGAUCAAUGCAGCGGGAGGAGAUCAGAUCAAGUUCGAUGACGCCAUGCGAGCCUUGCAAAAGAAGGGCAAACAGGUGUGGCCUUCCCCAGAUGUGAUGACCAACAUGGGCGCCAAGGACGCCUUGUGCAAGAUUGCAAACCUCUCCAUCGGCUUGCCUGACACCUUGGCCUACUACAGCCCUGAGGAGUUUGCAGCCGGCUUCAAGAAGACCAUGGCCUUCCAGCCUCGGGUCAUCAAGCAGAAUCGCGGGUCCAGCGGUGAGGGCAUUUGGAUCAUCAAGCUGAAGUCCGGCAACUACUGCAAGAACUUUGGAGAUCGCCUUUGCUCUGAUGAGGAGGUGUUGGAGCUUAUGGAGGCUUGCGACAACCACUCAGAGACUCACACCGUUGCAGAGUUCGUCGAGUUCUGUGUGAACGGCCGCACCGCCAAGUCGGGGAAGUGGGACACCAUCGGUGUGGGCAAGUACUUAGAGGGCGGCAAAGCUGCAGGCGGUCAGCUAGUGGAUCAGCGCUUUUGCCCUCGGAUUGUGGAGGGUGAAGUGCGCAUGAACAUGAUUGGGGAUACUUGCACUGGCAUCAUCCACAAGAAGCCAAAGGCUGGAGGUAUCUCCGCGGUAGGAGGCACAGGCUCUGUCUACACCUUCUACACGCCGGAUGCCCCAGAGUUCAAGCAGCUCUCCGAGGACUUCCUGAAGACCUCCAUCCCCACGCUCAUGCAGAGCCUGGAUCUCCCGAAUGAGCCACUGCCCUUGUGGUGGACGGGAGAUUUCAUCAACGCGGACCCGGGCGCCCCUGGGACCCCGUGCACCAUCGACAAAUGGAUCGUGGGUGAGUUCAACUGCUCCUGCGUGGGCAUCUCCAAGUGCCUGCCAGCGUAUUGCAAGGCAGACACCCCCAACGCCAGCUUUUUCGACAUCCCUGUCGCGGAUCUGGUGGAGGCCACUUACCUGGGUAACCUGAUGGGCCAGAAAGCGCUGGCGAUCCUUGACAAUCAAGGCACCAAGCUGUCCCCGGCGGCCUCCAAGGUGCUGACGCGCAUCGAGGCGCUGCGGGGCGCGGCCAAGGCCGGCGUGCUCAGCUCCGAGGAAGCAGGCGGCAUGAUGGACAAGCUCUUUGACGUUUGA